GCCAUCUACAACCCUGAAUGGUCGAUGGUUUUCGAUAUUUCGGUUGUGUGGUUACUUUAAUUUAUUGACAAAAAUGUAACACUUCUAUUUUAAAUUGACUAUGUUUUUACAACCGGAAUGAUACCCGUUUUAUUCAAGUUAAGUUAUUUGUGUAAAUAUUGACGGUGUUUUUAUUCAAGUAAGAACUCGUUGACGCGAAAAGCGAAAAUGUCUUCGAAGAGUGAAUUAAAAAAGUUGUCAGAGGAAAGUUUAACAAGACAACCUGAAGAAGUGUUUGACAUAAUAUGCAAGUUAGGAGAGGGAUCCUAUGGGUCGGUUUACAAAGCAUUACACAAAGAAAGUGGACAGGUACUUGCUAUCAAACAAGUGCCUGUCGAUACAGACUUACAGGAAAUCAUAAAAGAGAUUUCCAUCAUGCAACAGUGUGAUUCUCCAUAUGUUGUUAAAUAUUAUGGAAGCUACUUUAAAAAUACUGAUUUAUGGAUUGUAAUGGAGUACUGUGGAGCUGGAUCUGUCAGCGAUAUUAUGAGGUUAAGGAAAAAGACGCUACAGGAAGAUGAAAUAGCAACAAUCCUCAGUGAUACCUUAAAAGGUUUAGAGUAUCUUCAUUUGAGAAGAAAGAUACAUAGAGACAUUAAGGCAGGAAAUAUCUUGCUCAAUAAUGAGGGGCAUGCAAAACUAGCAGAUUUUGGAGUGGCCGGACAAUUAACUGAUACAAUGGCGAAACGCAACACAGUCAUAGGAACUCCAUUCUGGAUGGCUCCAGAAGUAAUACAAGAAAUUGGAUACGAUUGCGUUGCAGACAUAUGGUCCCUGGGUAUAACUGCUUUAGAAAUGGCAGAAGGCAAGCCACCGUAUGGCGACAUACAUCCUAUGAGAGCAAUAUUUAUGAUACCGACUAAACCACCACCUAGCUUUAGGGAACCUGACCAGUGGAGUUCUGAAUUUAUCGAUUUUGUCAGUAGGUGCCUUGUUAAAAAUCCAGAAGAAAGAGCUACUGCAACUGAGCUUCUGUAUCAUGAAUUUAUAGGUAAUGCAAAACAGCCAAGUAUUCUGAGUCAAAUGAUCGCGGACGCUCAUGAAAUACGAGAAAAACAGAGCGCUCAUCGAGCUCAUGUUAUCAACAAUGUAGCAAUAAAAAAUCAAAACCAAACAGAAGACUCGGAUGAAGAAGACUGUAGCGGGACGAUGAAACCUCUACCAGAAGAUACAGGAACCUUAGUACCAAGUCAUGAUCUUCCAGAUACUGGAACACUUGUUUCUGCAAUGUUAGACUUGGGAACAAUGGUUAUUAAUAGUGACACAGAUACAGAAGCAACUAUGAAACGUCACAAUACAGGGUCAGUUGAAUCCGGAAAGAAAUACCGGCCACUAUUUUUAGAUCAUUUUGAUAAGAAGGAAGCACCUGAAAUAGGAAAGGGUAAUGGACAAAUACUUGGAGCACACAAUCCAGAGAAUGAAAGUAAAUUAGAAUUACGAAGCCCGACAGAAUCGCAGAGGUUUCAAAGCCAUCUACAGUUACAGCUUAACCAGAUCUCUCACCCUGUACAAGAGCAACCUCAUAAUAACAUAUCCAAGUUCCAAAAUGUCUUCGCGGAACGCGAUUUCGACUUCAUAAACAACCAUAUCCUGCAGCUGAAGUUUCUCUCAUACGAGGAACUACAGCAACGAAUGGCUAAUCUGGACGCAGAAAUGGAGCGGGAAAUCGAUGAGCUAAGAAGAAGGUACCAAACGAAGAGACAACCAAUUCUUGACGCCAUGGAUACCAAACGAAAACGUCAGCAGAACUUCUAACAGUUUGGUUAAUUUUUUUUAUGCAAAUAGGUGUGAUGACGAUAGAUAAAGGGUGUACAGUUGUAUAAAUGAAUAGAUUUUAUGCGUCUCGUCCUUAACUUCGUCAAAGAGAGGAACAUUGACUUUCCGAUUACGUGUUUAGCAAACGAAAAGAGUAACAGCAAUUAAAAGUAUUUUCUUCUCUUUCUAAGCCAGUGUUCUUCCUCUUUGUGAAUUACGAACGAGUAACUAAUACUAGCUAAUAGCCUCACGUCACCAAUGUAAAUUAUUUUACAUGAUUUAGGUGAACAAUCAUUAUACUUAAUUUUUUAUUAUUACGUUUACCUGUCUAUUGUUAAAUAUGCUAUUCUUAUAGAAGUAUUAUGGAAUCUCCUCAGCAUUCUUUACAAACUAAAGCAAAGAGAGAAAAAAAAACAAAAAGAAAUCGAAUGCAAUGGGAGUGGAAGAAUUAUUAUGCCAUAUUUGCAAUUUUUAUUAAGAAAUCAGUGAGGAUCCACAUGAAAUUGAUAUUCGGUUUUCGUCUUACGCUAGUCACCUAUUAUGCCAUUUAUUUUAUCCAUAAUAUUACAUUAACAAGUAUCAUCACUCAUACGAAAUACAUGCAUGGAGAUCAUCCCGAAAAUAUAUUUAUAUAACCUUUGCGCUAACAUAUUGUUUAUUUGCAAAACAAUUUCUGGUAAGUGAGCAAACUUUAGAAAGUGUUAAAGAAUUUACUCCUUUUUUUACUGCCAUAGAUAUUAUUACGAGUUUACUCACAGAUAUUAAUGUUAGGUUAUGUAACGUUCGUUUUUACGUCAAAUGACUUAGGUUUAAAGUUUUGUAAAUGGAAAUUACUGAGAUUGUUUGGUAGCGUUUUUAUACCAUUCAAGACUAAGGAUGAGAGUGGUAACAUCUCAAAGUUGAAUAUAUGUGACGAAUGAACUUACUGAAAUUAGUCUUCCGUAUUAGAACGUAUUUCAAUAUUUCGCUAAUUCGUGAAAUCAGUAUUUAAAUUGUUGAGAAUAAUCAUCACAAAUGGCAAGAUCUGUAAUAUUUAUAGAUUUAUAUAAAUUUGUACUUUAUGGAAAUGCAUUUUUUCUUUCUUUCUUUCUUUUUUUUUUUUUUUUUUAAUAAUUUUCAUAUGUAAGAUUAUCAAAUAUGUUAUCAUUGUGUUUUCUGUAAAAAUUUCGAUGAAUGUUGGUAUACAUAGUACCAGUAGAACAGUAACGCAUGUAUGUACUGUCGAGAAUGCUACAACAUAGUGGAGUAAUUCUUUGCUGACGUUGGGCUAUUUUAAAAAGUAGCGGAAAUAGAUUUAUAAUACUUAAACGCUAUAGCCAGAACUGACUUUUCUGUUUAUUUAGAAAAUAACAGUACAGAAUAAUAACAUAUUUUUGAUAUAGAAAAUAUGCACAUUACAAUCUAAGGAGAUUCGAAUAUUAAUUAUUAAAUCCAGUCUUUAUAUGGCCCUACCAUAACACACAAUAUUAUCAUAAUAAUAGCGUUGGGUUCCACUGUUAACAUGAAGAGCAGAUAAAUAAGUUAUAAUCUAAAAAAGUAAUAUUUCUACUGUUUGAUGAAAAAUAGAGCGCACCAUUCACUGUGACAUGCGACUCCAUCAACAUAUAUGCGUUAAUAAUGUAACAGAAACGAAUAAAUUUUAUUCCUGCAGAAUUACACGUUCGAUAGAACUUAAAACGUUUCACCACUUUAAGGCUAAUACGUGUUCCCAACUUUAUGAAACAGCAACAUGGGGGAGUAGACUUUAAUAUUGGCCUUGUUUCCAGCUAUUAAUACGAGACACUGCCUUUUACGUAUUUAAUUUGAUUAAUAAUAAAAUAUUGUGCAUACUGCGAUUUAUUUCAGUUUUCUUUUUUUACAUCAGAUACUUUCGUUACUUUGUCAAAUAAAAUGUAAGUACAUUAUAUAAAAAUUUAUAUUUUCUUUUCUUACGA